AACUUGAUGAUUCGAACCAGUUUUCCCGUGUGACUAGGAACGUCUAAAAACCCGAAAUUGAAAGUCAAAACUGUUCAGUUUCACUUUGUCAAUUUCCAGUGAACAUUGAUUCCAGUGUGAAUAUUUAAACAUCGGUUGUUUUUCAACUGUGUGAUUUGAUUUGGCAGUGUUCACUUAUUGUCAGUUUUUGGUAAAAUCAUUGAAACAAAACCAUGGAAGAGGUUAAAAGUAAAAAGGUGGUUGAUAAUGUUCAACAAUUCAAGGCAUGUGUUGAUCCAAAGUAUUCAUAUGCUUUUGGUCAGUCAAGUAGGCCUCUCAUUUACAAAACAUUGGGUGCAAUGUUGGAUGAAACAUGUGAAAAGUUUCCAGACAGGAUGGCCGUGAUCAGUACCCAUGAAGAUUAUCAAGCAACUUUUCAACAAUUAAAGUCUGAUGUUGAUUCCUUGGCUUUCUGGUUAGUCAAUUCAUUGCGGAUAGCUCGUGGUGAUGUUAUCGUCACAAUGACUGGAAAUACUUAUAAAUCUUUGAUACUUCAAUUUGUUGCUGCUAAAAUUGGAGCCAUUUUGUAUCCCAUCAAUGCUUUUUACACCAAACAUGAAGUUGAGUUUAGUUUGAACAAAGUUAAUCCUAAAAUGUUCAUCAUUCCUGGACCAGAAUCUGAGCAAGAAAAGUGCAUCAACAGGUUCCAUCUGCUUGUUACAUCAAUAGUCGAAAAAUUACCAAAAUCAUUGGAGUAUAUUGUAUUAUUGGAUGGUAAACAACAAACAGAAAACAUUGGUAAAGCUAAAGUCUUAAUGUUUGAUGAUUUGAUGCAGUCAGCACGUAACAUCAAUCAAAUGAACGAAUCUAGUGAAACAGAUAUCAAUAACAAUGCAAGUCCACCAGAAUUCAAUGAUCCAGAUAGUCCAGCUUUGUUGCUCUCAACAUCGGGAACAACUGGUCCACCCAAAGCAGCAAUCCUAUCACAUUUUAACAUAAUUAACAAUGGGCAAAUGAUGGGUUAUAGAGCUGGAAUGACCGAAGGGUCUCGAGUUUGUUUACCAGUUCCGUUAUUUCACUCCUUUGGAGCGGUAGUUGGAGUCGUUCCUAUAGUCACUCAAGGCUGUACAACAGUGUUAAUUGGUUAUCGGUACAGCGCUGAAGCGGUUACAAGUGCAAUAAUUGGCCAUGAAUGUACUCAUUUACUUAGUGUUCCAGCAAUGAUGAUUGAUAUAUUAGAUUAUCUUGACAAAAACAAACACUUGUCCAUAACAUCAUUAACACAUGUGUUAGCAGCUGCAACACUGGUUCCAUAUCAAGUAGCCGAGAAGAUGAGCAAAGUGGUUAACUCUUUGAAAACGAUUGACAUUGCUUACGGAGCGACAGAAGCAAGUCCAGGAAUAACAGUGCCUAUAAGUAGUGACUCUCUUUAUGAUAAACUAGAUAACGUUGGACUUCCCUUGGAUCAUGUUGAAGUCAAAAUUAUUGACCAGGUUAGUGGAGAAAUGGUUAAAAUUGGUGAAAAAGGUGAAUUACUAGCUCGAGGACACAACAUAUUUAUGGGUUAUUGGAAUGAUGAGACACAAACAAAAGCUUGCAUGAAUAAGGCGCACUGGUAUAAAACAGGUGAUUUGGCUACUAUGGAUUCCAAGGGUUACAUAAGAAUUGUUGGUCGACUUAAAGAUAUCAUCAUUCGAGGUGGGCUUAAUAUCUACCCUGGAGAGAUUGAAGAUGCUCUCAUAUCACACCCAUUGAUAUCGUUUUCAGCUGUUUUUGGUAUACCAGAUGACAGACUUGGCGAGGAAAUAUGUGCUUGGAUCAAAUUUCGUGAUGAAUCUAAAAAAUUAACAGAAGAGCAAGUGAUUAAAUUUUGCAAAGAAAAGAUGGCUUACUUCAAAGUUCCAAGAAAAUUGGUUUUUGUCACAGAAUUUCCAACAACUGCCAGCGGUAAAGUUCAAAAAUACCGAAUGAAAGAGAUUUCAAUGUCGAUGUUUAAUCAGGUUCAAACCAAGUCAUGAUAAUCAUAAAAUGACUACACGGAAAAUGUUACCCUUUUAUAAACUAAAUAUACGAUAUAUACAAUAUUAUUAUAUGUACAUCACAUUUAAUUUAACACAAUUUAUCUUGAAAAUAAAGAUGUUUUUAUCUAAAUAUUUAA